AAACAGGUUUUGACCAAACAAAAAUUUUAAGAUCGCUGCACAGAGGAACUGAACUGAACUAAACUCGCACUGAAGAAAUCGCGCCCAGCUUUCCGCUUCUGUAAUAAUUGACAUUCGCCGAGCAGGGCGGUGGGCCGCCGCCCGAGUAACCAAGGAUUCCGUACACCACUCUGUCACGCACGUAAAGAUUAGCCAUCGCUUUAUGCUGUGUGCCGUAUACAAAAGUUAGAACUGCUCUACUGCGAAAAAAUCCGCCACAAACUCAGCCUUGACGCCGGCAAGUUUCCCGGCAGUUUUUUCAAACUUCAACAGUUAUGGAAGAUAAGCUUCUGGGUUCCUUUUUUGGUCUUGAAAAGCUAGAAAUUAAUUGAAAUAACGUGAAUUCUUUGUUGAUUUUAGGUUUUGGGAAUGGGGUUAGUGGGACUCGUGGUUUUGAUGUAAUGAUGGUGUGUCUCAAUGGCAUUAACAUUGGCAAGAAAGAGAUUGGUGCAAUCCUGGUUUCUGAUGAGUUGUUCUCUGGGAUUAAUUUCGACGAAACUGGUGCUUGUUAACAAUGGGUGUGGAAGGUCUCUAGCAUUGACUGGAUUGUGUAAAUAUGUUUGGAGUGCCCGAUGCUUUUGCGCUGGUAGUGUUGUGCCUGAAAAAUUAUGUUGGGAAGGUACAUCUCGAGAAGUUUUACUGAGAAAACUUGAAUUAACACUGAAGAGUCAUAAAGUUGAUGAAGCUUGGGAAACUUUUGAUAACUUAAAGAGAUUGCAUGGUUUUCCUGAGAAUUCACUUGUUAAUAAGUUUGUUGCCGAGUUGUCUUACUCAUCUGAGUCACAGUGGUUAAAAAAAGCUUGUGUUUUGGUUUUUAAAAUCUUGAAAGAGAAACCGAAUUUGCUUCAGCUUGACGUCCUAGCAAAGCUGACUCUCUCUCUGGCAAGAGCUCAGAUGCCUAUCCCUGCCUCGAUGAUUCUUAGACUGAUUUUGGAGAAUAAAAAUCUACCAGCUAUGAAUGUGUUGCAGUUGGUUUUUCUGCAUAUGGUGAAGACUGAAAUUGGGACAUGUAUUGCAUCAAAUCUCUUGAUUCAGAUGUGUGAUUGUUUCCUACUUUUAAGUGCUGAAAGAAGUAAUUAUGCAAAGUUGAUCAAACCUGAUACAAUGAUCUUUAACCUUGUGUUGGAUGCUUGUGUGAAAUUUGGAUCAUCUCUUAAAGGCCAACAUAUUAUGGAACUUAUGUCACAGACUGGGGUCAUUGCUGAUGCUCACACAAUUGUUAUUAUUGCCCAGAUUCACAAAAUGAAUGGUCAGAGGGAUGAGCUGAAAAAAUUCAAAGACUACAUUGAUAGAGUAUCAUUUCCAUUUCUGCAGCAUUACAGGCAGUUUUAUGAUUGUCUUUUGAGUUUGUAUUUUAAGUUUGAUGAUAUCGAUGCAGCUUCUGAGCUUGUAUUUGAUAUGAAUAGAUAUCGAAACUCUCUUCCGGAUCAAAAAAUUAUGAAAGGCUUUCAAAAACCUUGCCUUGUUCCAAUAGGUUCUCCCAACCUGAGGAAUGGAUUGAAGAUACAGAUUAUGCCUGAGCUACUAGAGAAGGAUUCCAUCCUCAAAAUAGAAGGUCACCAGGAGCUCGUUCUCUUCAGAAAUGGGAAACUUCUCCUUAGUAACCGGGCUCUAGCCAAGCUCAUUAAUGGUUACAAGAAGUAUGGGAAGAUUAGUGAGUUUUCAAAGCUCUUGUUAAGCAUUCAGAAGGAAAAUAAUUCAUUGGAGGGAUUUACUCUGUGUUCCGAUGUGAUUGGUGCUUUUAUUCAAAUAGGUUUGCCAGAGACUGCUCACGACAUCUUGGAUGACAUGAAAUCAGCUGGUUAUCCGAUGGGUUCUACAACAUACAUAUCACUCCUAAGAGCUUAUUACAAGUUAAAAAUGUUUAGGGAGGCAGAGGCACUAUCUACCCAAAUGAAGGCGGCUGGUUUGGCUGUAAACUUUUCUGAUGAAGGGGCCAUCUCAAGCACAAAUCCAUCAGUAGGUAGAUCACGUCUAGCUCAGUCUUUAGUUCGAGAAAUGAGGGAGAAGGAAAAGGCAGUUCCUUGUAUGGUUUAUGAACUCAAUUCUUCUAUCUUCUUUUUCUGCAAGGGCAAAAUGAUAGACGAUGUUUUGAAGAUAUACCGAAGAAUGCAGGAAAUGAAAAUCCAACCGACAGUAGAGACAUUUGCUUAUUUAGCUUAUGGAUACUCUUCUUUGGAAAUGUAUCGUGAUAUUACAAUCUUGUGGGGUGACAUUAAAAGGAACAUGGCAACUGGCUCUUUAGCAUUGAACAGUGAUCUCCUCGAGAUUCUGCUGCUUAACUUUCUUCAAGGUGGUUACUUUGAGAGAGUGAUGGAGGUCAUAGAUUACAUGAAAGAGCAUAACAUGUUCAUAGACAAGUGGAUGUAUAAAAGCGAGUUCUUAAAGCACCAUAAGAAUCUUUAUCAGAGCUUCAAGGCGUCAAGCGCCCGAACUGAAGCUCAGAGCAAGAGGUUUGAAUAUGUCAAGACAUUCCGGAAAUUCAUUGGCAUCAGUUGAAAUUCAGCCAGAAGUUCAUGGCAUUGCUUCCGGAGAUCGAUUUGUAUUAUGGGGUGUAAAAACUGCCUGAGCUUUAAGAAUGGUGAAAGCCAUUGAGCUCUGUGUAAUCACAGAAUUAUGGUAUCAUAUUCUAUUUCAAUUUAAUGAAGGCGGCAAAGAGCCAAUUAUUCCUA